UCCUGACGUGGCGAAGUCAGAGAGGUGCUGUUUCUUUUCGUGUGCAUUAGCUAUUGGACGCACUCAAAUCUGAUAUUUCGUAUUUUUAGUUGCGCAGGUGGCAGACCGAAACUCCGGUUUAUGUAAAUAUAAUCAACAGCCUAAUGUCACUUGAAAGCUCCGAGCUCACAUGACACAGCUGGAGUUAGCAAAGUGUCAACAAGCUGCUUGGAGAGGCUCAGUUAAACAGCACUUGUGGAAGUACCUAAGAGUCCCUAUCGGGUCCUGUGCUCAGGACGGUGGGAUCUGAGGAGGUGAAACACGGACUUUGAUGUGCCGAAGGAAGUACAAUGCCCCAAAUCACAGCCGCGGCGGCUAUUCAGAUCUGUUUGCUGCUGUCUGCUUUACCGGCACAGUACUUAAUUUCUCAGUGGACCGGGAAUAGUGCUGCUCAGCGAAACCGAGCCACACAGCGUCUGCUUGGCACAUGGAAUAACUUCAGGAAGUCUUACUUAAACGUGGGUGAGUGGACGGACUGGUUGAACCGCUGGAUUGCUAACCUCGUGCCCAUCUCAGACCUGGGGCAGCAGGACCAAGAUGGAGAAUCUCCAGCACUGGAAGUUCUGUUGUAUAGUAACGACCAGGGCUAUUUCGGAGCCUCCACAGAGGUGCGUAGUCCCAGACCUGCAGGUGUCCUCUUCCAUGUGGGCGAGGUGGUAAUGGACAUGGACAACCACAUGGUGGGUGUGAUUGUGAGCUGGGAUGAGCAGCUGAGGGCUCCUCCAGAGUGGGUUAAGAAGAUGUACACGGGCACUGAGCUCCAAAAAGCUGAACAGAUUCCACAUUACAAAGUUCUCUUUAAUGGACCAGGCCCAUCAUCGGUCUUUGUGGGCUACAUUCCUCAGACGUCACUAGAGCGUUUUAUAGGCAUAAAGCUGCCCCUCACUCUACAUUGGGGUCCCGGCCUCCCCGAGCCUGUGGCCAGGGGGUCAGCCCUCAGGCAGCCUGACAUCCCUACACUGGAUCAUUAUUUCAGUCACUUUGACGGGGAAAGGUUUAUAAUGAAAUCCUGGCUCAGAGACAUCUUCCCUCAUGACUGAAGAAAUGGCAAUAACGAUUCUGAUGCGUUUCUCUCUUGUGUAGCCCAUGUGGGUCAAGAAUGUUAAAAGAUAAAUGUCUUUGAAACAUAUGAAAGACUGACUACUGCAGAGAUAUGAAAUGGGAGUGUGGUGCACUGCUCUGCCAUUAUGACAAUGGAAAUGUAUCCUUAUGGUCUUUUUUGAUGUUUUUUUUUUUACUUGGUUUGUAUUAACUCAUUUUGGUCAUGCUUGUAGAUUUGUACAUUUUGCAAUAUUAAAAAAUCAUUAGUGUGUAAAGAAACAUCUAUUUAGAA